AGCGAUGGAAACCCUCGACAAUACCGCCUGGGAUGUCCUGAUUGUAGGCACGGGCCUGCAGCAGUCUCUGCUCGCUUUAGCUCUGUCCAGGUCGGACAAGAAGAUCCUCCACAUCGAUGAGAACGACUACUAUGGCGGCGCCGAGGCGGCGUUCAGCUUGCAGGAAGCUGAAGAGUGGGCGAAGCAAAUGAGCAAAGAAGCUUCUGCUGCCUUUGAUAAGGUCACGAUCACGAAGCCUGAGCUUCCUGGUGCUGAGAAUGCCCAGGGUAAGCUCGGCUUCUCCAGAGCGUACAGCUUGGCGCUCAGUCCGCAGAUCAUCUACGCAAAGUCGACACUGCUCCAGCACCUCGUGUCGUCCCGAGUCUACCGCCAGCUCGAGUUCCUGGCCGUCGGGAGCUGGUGGGUAUACACGCAGGACAAUGGUGGAAAACCUUCGGAUGGUGCAGUCGUCUCUCAGAAACUUCUCAAGGUCCCUAACGGACGCGAGGAUGUUUUCCAGGACGAUCAGCUCGAUUUCAAGGCCAAGCGGGCGUUGAUGAAGUUCCUGCGCUUCAUUACGGACUACGAGGAACAGACGGAGGUCUGGAAUGACCAUCGUCUGCAGUCGUUCCCGGAGUUCCUGUCGACACAGUUCAAGAUCCCUGUUGCGCUGCAGGGCCCGCUUCUGGCCCUUGCCUUGUCGCCAUCGUGCUCCACGCAGACAACUACAGAGUACGCACUCCCACGCAUUGCAACACAUCUGCGGUCCAUCGGAGUCUUUGGAGCCGGCUUUGGUGCAGUCAUACCGAAAUGGGGUGGGCUCGCGGAGAUCAGUCAGGUCUCCUGUCGAGCAUGUGCCGUUGGCGGGGGUGUCUAUGUCCUUGGAAAAGGCUUAACAUCUAGUACCAACGCUGCGACAAACUCUGACGGCGACGUCAAGCUUCAUCUGAAAGAUGGUGAAGCUGUCACUGCCAAGUGGGUGGUCGGCGGGAGCGUUUCGACCGACAACAAGGAUUCUUAUUGCAGGUCGACAACCAUCGUUGCUUCACCGCUCACACCAUUGUUCCCCCCGAUCGCAGAGGAAGCACCCGCUCCAGCUUCUGCUGUUGCCGUCUUCCCAUCUGGGUCUCUCUCAAUCGACGGUAUAGACGAUGAACUGCCACCAGUUCACAUCUUCGUCCACUCCAGUGAUACUGGGGAGUGCCCAUCUGGUCAAAGCAUACUCUACGCUUCGACCUCACUCAGUUCUGACAAGGGAUUUGAACUCCUCAAAAAGGCCGUCGAUGCGCUGCUAGUGGCUGUCGAGGUAACACCUAAACCCAAUGUGCUCUGGUCCACGGAAUAUCGGCAACGUGCAUCCUCAAGCACAGACACGUUGCCCGCUGAUCAUGAGCACGUUCUCAGCUUCCCGCCUCCGUCGAUGGAUCUCGCGUUUGACGAUGCGAUACUUGACAACGUUAAGAGUGUCUGGCGACAGAUUGUGGGGGAAGAAGGCGGCGAGUUCCUUGUCUUCCAGGAUCGAGAGACCUAUGACGACGACGAAUAA